GUGCUGUUCGGUUGGAAAGCGUUCCUCCCUUGGUUCUCUUAUUCCUCGUUUAUUCGAUUUGCUUUUGCAAUGGAUGAGAAACUAUAUAAAAGCCCAGUCCAGCCAUUUAAAAACCCAAGCUUUAUUCAUUUACUUCAGUGCAUUUGUUUAAAGUUAUCACUGCAGUUCUCGAAGAUGUUGAAAUAUAUGUUUUGUCUUCUUUAUGGCGUGAUGUUUCUUUGUUGUAACAGUGCUGCUACUCCUGUAAAGAAUGGUUUGCUGAUGAAUGGGAACUUCGAGUAUGGUCCAAAGCCAUCCUCGAUGAAUGGGACACAGAUCAUAGGUUCGAACUCGCUGCCCUUCUGGCGCAUUAAGGGCUUGGUGGAAUAUAUAAAAAGUGGGCAUCACCAAGGUGAUAUGUUGGUAGUAGUCCCUCAGGGAGCACACGCUGCACGCCUGGGGAACGAGGCGCAGCUGAGCCAGAGGGUGGAGGUGAAGAAGGGUUCUCUUUACUCACUGACAUUUAGCGUGGCUCGAACCUGUGCCCAGGUGGAGACAUUAAAUGUCUCUGUUCCGCCAGAGGCAGGGGAGCUGCCGAUGCAGACGAUAUAUAGUAGUAGUGGGUGGGAUUCCUACGCCUGGGCUUUUCGACCAGCUUACAAUGUGGUGGAUAUCAUCCUGCACAAUCCUGGCGUGGUGGAGGAUCCUGCCUGUGGCCCCCUUGUUGACGCAGUCUCCAUUAAGGAGCUCUUCCCACCUCGCUAUACAUGGGGUAAUUUGAUAAAGAAUGGGGGUUUUGAGGAGGGGCCUCUGGUAUUCCGCAACUCUUCCUUUGGAGUUCUGCUGCCUCCCAAUGUAGAUGAUCGGAACUCGGCCUUACCUGGAUGGAUGAUAGACUCUCUUAAAUCUGUCAAAUAUAUUGAUGCUCUGCACUACGCAGUACCACAUGGGAGAAGAGCAGUGGAGCUCCUGGCAGGCAAAGAGAGCUCCAUUGCACAGAUUGUGAGAACAGAGGUGGGGAAGGCUUAUGUUCUGAGCUUCACAGUAGGAGAUGGAAGCAAUUCCUGCAAUGGGUCCAUGAUCGUGGAGGCCUUUGCAGCACAAGAGACUGUGAAAGUGCCAUAUGAAUCCAAGGGCACAGGAGGCCUUAAGAAAGCCCAUCUCGCCUUCAAAGCUGUUUCUGCCCGCACUGCUGUGGCAUUCUUCAGCACAUAUUAUCACAUGAGGAGUGAUGACUCCAGUUCACUGUGUGGGCCAGUGGUAGACAGUGUAAAGUUGCAUGCUCGUUGAUUUACUGCCUGUAAAGCAACCUGAUAUCUAUAUGACGAAAGUGCACACCAACUGAAUCGAUUGAGAUCAAGAAUGUAUUUUGUAGCAUAGGUUUCUAGAUUAUAUCUGUUUAAUACAUAAUGCUGCCAGUCAGACCUAACUUAUGCAAGAAGAUUCAUUAGUUGAACAGUUCUGUAGUUGUCAGUGAGUCCAAUGGCCUGUCAUUUCAUUCUCAGCCUGCACAAUACUGUUUCUCACAUGGUGAUUAAGAUGGAUGCCAAUAUAUAAAGAGUACUUCAUUUAUUUC